AUGUGGGCUUCACCUCGUUAUGCAAUCUACAUACUUAUGCUACUUGACGAACUUUGUACAAAGCAGAGAGAAGAUAUGAUGAAAGAAGACAAAAGCCUUCAGAAAAGAAUACCACGUUCGGUACCAAAAGGAAAGGAAAAGAACUAUAAGUAUAUGAUUUAUACUGAAGAUAUGGAGAAAGAAGAAGAUAAAGAUAUGGUUAUGUUGCAUUUAGUCAGAAGAAACAACAAAAGCUUUUACGACCUUGCUAAGAUUUACAAAUCUGACAGAAAUUGGUUCUAUCGCGAAAACUUACCGAUUUCAAUGACACCAAAUGAAGAUGUGAAACAAAUAGUUCAAGAUACGUUACCUCAAACACACUAUGAUAUUAAAGGUUGUACAAUACUUACCUUCAAAGAAGAUUUGCCAUUGUUAAAGGAAAAAAUAACAGAGUAUUUUGACAACUUCAAACAAGUAGAGUAA